AUUUGAUAAGCAUCCGGAAGACAUGAUUACAGAGGAAAUGUCAUCCUGACUAGAGUUUUGUACAGGGAGAAAAUUCAAUGGAAUCGUCAGCAGACAAGGAGUCUGAAACACUCCUUGACCGAAUGACCAACUCUCAGACCAAUAUUAGAGCGUCUGAACAGCAUGAAUGUCCAGACGGCCAAAGCACUGCAGCCCACGGGGGUACUGAGCAGGGGGACGAUGCCUUCUUUGACUGUGAGGAGUCUCUGAAUGGAACAGACGGCUCCAUGGGUGACAGACAGAGAAGGACUGACUGUUCAGAAGCCCCAGCAUUAUUCCAGGAAACAGAGGGGUGUUCACCGAACACAGAGAAAAAACACGUCAGCGCAGAGUUGUCAGGGGAGAGAACUACAUUGUUGGGAGGUGAAGAAGAGGAGGGUAAAGAAACUUGGGAUGAGUGCACCGAAGAAGACAAGAGUAUGGCAGUUGAAGGGGGAGAUUCUGAUACUGAACUGAAUGAAGAAGAGAACACCCCUCCUGAAUUUGAUGAGGAGUAUCUGAGACGAAUGGAGAAAGACAUGACCGAGGAGGAAACAGAGAGCCGCAGAGAGGAGAGCAUGACCCUGAAGGACAAGGGGAACAGUCAGUUCAAGAGUGGAGAGCACACUGAGGCAGAGGAGUCAUACACUGCAGCUUUAGGCUUAUGCCCUGUGUGUUCCAGCAAGGACAGAGCUAUCCUAUUCUCUAACCGUGCUGCUGCCCGCCUGCACCUGGAUAAGAAUGAGAGAGCCAUCGCCGACUGCACCAAGGCCAUAGAGUUGAACCCAAACUACAUGCGAGCGAUCCUGCGGAGGGCAGAGCUCUAUGAGAAAACAGACAAGCUGGAUGAGGCGUUGGAGGACUACAAGGCUGCUCUGGAGAAAGACCCUGACCUGCCUUCAGCCAGAGAGGCCUGCAUGCGGCUUCCACAACAGAUCCACGAGCGAAAUGAGAAGCUGAAGGACGAUAUGAUGGGCAAACUGAAGGACUUGGGCAAUAUGUUCCUGCGGCCAUUUGGUCUGUCCACAUCAAACUUCCAGGUAAACCAGGAUUCGGGCACUGGAUCCUACUCUGUCAACUUUGUUCAGAAUCCUAACAACAACAGAUCACAGCAUGAGGAGCCUGUCUGAGAGCCGUCGUCACGCCUAGCUUGGCCACCCAUCUUCAGAGCUAAGAGACGGACAGUCAGGACCCUCCACUGGUGUGUCAGAGUGGGAUCCAUUUUGAAAUUUAAAAGACAGUCUUUCAUGGUGAAAUAAGAUUGCCCACCAUCUCUCACACACAAUCUGAAAGGGCCAUUAAAUGAUCAGUGACUGUUA